AUGAGAAACCAAACUCUUUCAUCUCCUUAUCUCAUCAUUCUUUUCUUGAUUCUCAUCUCUUCUGCAACUUCAAAGGUUCAGAAUUAUUUGGAGAGAGGCUCUUUUCUAUCAGUUGAGGAUGCCUCAGACCUUAUCACCUCCCCAGACAAUUCAUUCACUUGUGGCUUCUAUAGUGCGGAAAGCAACGCUUACUGGUUUGCAAUUUGGUUCACAAAUGCCAGAGACAGAACAGUUGUUUGGAUGGCGAAUCGAGACAAGCCUGUCAACAGCCAGGGUUCCCAGAUAUCUCUAAGGCGGAAUGGAGCCAUGGUCUUGACCGAUAUUGAUGGCUCAAUUGUGUGGGAGACUAAUACCACCUCCACUGAUGUUGCUAGAGCAGAGCUUCAUAAUACAGGUAACCUUGUUUUAAAGGAUCCACAUGGUAAAAUUCUCUGGCAAAGCUUUGAUUUUCCAACUGAUACUCUUUUGCCUACUCAGAGCUUUACAAAAAGCAAGAAGUUGAUAACUGCAAUGAAAAAUGGAAGUUUUGCUUCUGGUUACUUUAGUUUACUUUAUGAUAAUGAUAAUGUAUUGAGGUUGAUCUAUGAUGGGCCUGAGAUAUCAAGCCAAUAUUGGCCUAAUCCUGAUUAUGAGAUGUACCAAAAUGGAAGAACAAACUAUAACAGUCGCAGAAUUGGUCUGUUGGAUGAUAUGGGUGGGUUUCAAUCCAGUGAUAGGCUUCAUUUCAAUGCUUCUGACUUGGGUUUUGGUAUCAAAAGACGGCUAACAAUUGAUUUUGAUGGGAAUCUAAGGCUUUAUAGCUUGAAUGAUUCGACAGGAUGGUGGGAUAUAACAUGGCAAGCUCUUACACAGCCAUGUAAUGUGCAUGGGAUAUGUGGGAGAUAUGGGAUUUGUGUUUAUACACCAGAACCAAUGUGUUCAUGCCCUCCUGGUUAUGAGGUAAGAAACUCAACUGACUGGAAUGAAGGUUGCAAACCAUUGUUCAAUCGAACCUGUUCAAACUCUGAGCAGGUGAAAUUUGUAGAGCUUCCCCACACCGAUUACUGGGGGUUCGACCUUAAUUUUACCACAUCUAUCUCACUAGAAGAAUGUAGGGAAAUCUGCUUGGGGGAUUGCAGUUGCGAGGCAUUUAGCUAUAGGCUUACAGGAUAUGGACAAUGUUACACAAAAAGUGCACUUUUCAAUGGAUACCAGUCUAUAAGUUUUCCAGGCACUAUAUACUUGAGGCUUCCGACAAGUGUGCAAGCAUCAGAACCCACAGUCCUAUAUGGUUCUGAUCCCAAAUGUGGAUCCAGUGUAGUUGAAAUUGGGGUGGAUUCUCCCGCCAUGUUUGACUUAAGCAAAGAGGUGAAAUGGGUUUAUCUUUACUCGUUCGCUUCAGUAAUUGGAGCAAUUGAGCUUUUGUUUUUUGUAAGCCUUUGGUUUCUUUUCAGAACUGGUGUGCCCAAUAUUGUUGAAGAUGGAUAUUUGGAGCUAUCAAGUCAGUUCAGGAAGUUUAGCUACAGGGAGCUUAAGAAGUCAACCAAUAAUUUCAAGGAAGUGCUUGGAAGAGGAGGCUUUGGGGCAGUUUAUAAGGGUGUAUUGUCAGAUGAAAGGGUGGUGGCAGUGAAGAGAUUGGGAGAUGUGCUACAAGGGGAAGAAGAAUUUUGGGCAGAAGUGAGUACAAUAGGAAAAAUCAAUCACAUGAACCUAGUGAGAAUGUGGGGAUUCUGUGCAGAAGUGAGGCAUAGACUCCUAGUCUACGAGUAUAUCCAAAAUGGUUCAUUGGACAAGCACUUGUUUUCCACAAGUUUUCUUGGAUGGAAAGAGAGAUUUAAAGUUGCAAUUGGGAUGGCCAAGGGUUUGGCCUACCUUCACCAUGAGUGUCUAGAAUGGGUUAUCCAUUGCGAUGUGAAGCCUGAAAAUAUACUUCUAGACGGUGAUUUUGAGCCCAAGAUUGCGGAUUUUGGUCUAGCAAAACUGUCUCAGAGAGGUAGCCAGGGAUCAGAGGUCUCUCGCAUUCGAGGGACCAAAGGGUACAUGGCUCCAGAGUGGGCUUUGAACCUUCCUAUCACUGCAAAAGUGGAUGUCUAUAGCUAUGGAGUUGUGAUUCUUGAGAUUGUGAAGGGAAUUCGACUUUCGAAUUUGGUGAUAUUAGAGGAUGAUGAAGUACAGGAGGCGGAGCUUACAAGGUUUGUCAGGAUGGUGAAGAGGAAAAUUCAAUGUGAAGAAGACUCUUGGAUAGAGGAUAUAGAUGUGGAUCCAAGAUUGAGAGGGCAAUUUAACAGGUCCGAAGCAGUGAAACUGGUUGAAAUUGGUAUUUCCUGCGUGGAGGAAGAUAGAAGCAAGCGACCAACAAUGGAUUCAGUGCUCCAAGUUCUACUAGAAUGUGAAGAUGAAUACAAAAUGCAUGCUCCAGACGAUGAGUAAUGAAAUUCAGCUAUAAGUGUCUUCUUUCUUCUUUUUUGUUUUUGUUUUUGUUUUUGUUUUUGUUUUGUUUUUUUUAAGGCCGUUAUUGUGAAUAAUAUAAACGUUCAGUUAGAGUAGCUGAGUUUACUGUAUUUUCAAUAUAGAUGAGAGUAUA